AACACAGAACGACACAGCACGGCGUGUGACUGUGACCCCAUAUAGGCCAUAAAUUAUAAUGCGAGUCUACAUUGUAGUGUCAACUGAGAACUCACUGGAUCACGGUGCAUGCUAGCGGAAAAGAUGAAAAGAAGGCGUACAAAAUAGUAGUAUUAGGUGGCAGAACCAUUCUCGUUCCUUGUCGUGGAACACCGUACCGGCUAGCGUGUCUUCACCAGAGGUCCAUUUAGGAAAUUUUGUUUCUAUGUUGUGUAGUGUGGCGAGCGUGACAGUGGUGGCUUGUUCUCAUCGUAACGGGCGUCAAGACACGAACAACUAGCCGGUUGAUCGCCUCCUGUUUCGCUCAAGCAGUGGACACGACUGCAUCUCAAUCGUGUAGGGCAGAAUCAGUGUGCUGUGUUUGUGCAACUGUACCGGUGUGGUGUUUUGUGUUGCAAUUCUGCUUUGCGCUACGCCCAGGCAUGGGCCAAGAGCAGCCCUAUCUGCCAGCAGUGAUCUAACAAACCUAUAGCAUCGCUUUGCUGCAGUUAGGCCAGCGGCGGUGUGCAGUGCUUCUGCUGCUACAGCGGCGCUGGUGUCGUUGAAGCGCGACACGGCCGACACAAACAACCGUACAUUCAGGCACACUACACAGCAGAAAAAGGCCCGGCAGCGCUAGCGUCGGUCGGCACCAUCGCAAACACAAUAGGUCCCUCAUCAUCAGCAGCAGCGGCACCGCUCAGCUGGUCCCGGCACACAUAGGCCGAACGCAGCAGUACGGUCGCGCAUGGCCUCUGCCUCGCCAGGACGGAGGGAUAAGGAAGGAUGUCUGCCAGUGCGCGUCGCCGUGGUAGGGUUAUCUGGCGCGGGAAAUGCCGAGUGCGGUGUAGGAAAGUCAUGCCUCUGCAAUCGUUUCGUGCGAUCUGCCGAGGAUGAGUACGAGGAGAAGCACUUCUCGGCCAUUGCAUCUACCGAUUUCUACGGUUCAGUCAUCAACGGACAGCAUUUCUUGUACUGGGGUAAGGCUAGAAAGUACCCCCAUAGUCGACCGUCGCCAGAGCUGUCCGCACCACACAAGAAGAGCUACGAAUUCCACGUGGUGGAGCACACGGAGUUCGUUGACGACUCCACAUUCAAAACGCUAAGUGGUUCAUCAGAGUCAGGAAUUGCAGCCUACCUGCGGCGCGUUGGGAAGCUGAAAUUGACCUCAUCUGGCAAAUUAUCCUAUAUCAAUCGUGACCAGCUAGCCGAUAUUGCAAUCGGAUCAUCAUCAAGCUACGAAGUGGAGACUUUCCCGUCACCGUUUGAGGUCGACGCUUUCCUAGUGGCUGUUGAUGUGAGUCGAAUAUUGCCAACUCAGGCCAAGUGGCUGGAGAAACUCCUGCAAGCGCUGGGUAAGCUGAAGCGGCCGUUCGUGAUUGCUGCAUGCAAGUUCGACAAGGUGCUGCCAGCGUGCAUGGAAGAGCUGGGCGGUCUGGUGAAGCGCCACGCCAAGGGCACACCCAUAGUGGAGACGUCGGCCAGGCAGGCGGUGAAUGUGGACGCGGCCUUUAUGGCGCUGGCAUCCAUGAUGCGACGCAGUGGCCGCCACAUUGGAAUUGGAAAGUCGCCGGACGGCUACGAGGAGGCGCUCCACGAGGUGGAGGAGGAGCGCGGCAAACUCAUGACGCGAUUUCGCAGCCUCCUGGAGCAGGAGGUGCACGACUUUUGCGUGACGUGGCCGCAAGUCGAGGUACUGCUAACUGGCCGUGAGGAACUGCAGCAGUUGAUCUACACCGCUGGUCGCGACGCCGUGCGUCACAUCGUCAUAGCACACGUCAAGCUACUGCGAGAAUCGCGGCGCAACGAGCAGCUGCGGACCUACAAGACGGCGCUGAAGUGGGCCUUUGCCACACUACUGCCCGGCGUGCACAUGAACUCGCAGUUUGAAAACGCCAUGGAAACCGUACGGUCCCACUCGGCCGUCAGCGAUUACCUGGUAGAAGUCGGCGACGAGCCGUGGGACGGCAAGGAACUUCUGAGUAACCCGCCGGAGCACCACCGUGUACCCAUGGACGUUCUGCGGACGCCGGAAGCGCGGCAGGUGUUCGAGGAGCACAUCCAGAGCGUGGAGAUAGCGCGGCAGAAUGCCAUGCAGGCAAACAUGCUCAUGGACAUGAUGGAGGAGAGCAAGGCUGAACUGCUGCCAGGGUCAUCCUGGUCCAGUGCUUGGUCUCUCCUACGCUCCACUGGCAAGUCGUCCGAGAACCUAAGCAUCAAGGACAGCGUCAAGCAGCAGGUCUUCUCCCAGUUUGAUGCCGACCUGCGGCAGCAGUGCUGUGAUGAGUUCUAUGAUGCGCUGCUACUCAACAUGGAUGUGUUGGAGGGGCCAAUCGGUAACAGCGGGGCCACGCCAUCCGGUGAUCAGCUGAAGAAAAUCGAGCACGCCUUGAAGGGUAUGCCUGCCUAUGAUCGGCUGAGGAGGUGCGUCAACGAGCGCUCGCUUGUGCUGAUGAACUUGCUGGCGGAGAGACAGCGGCCGUCGCUGCACGAGGACGUACUGCGGCACAUUGCACGGUUGCCCACGGCGGAGAAGCUAUUGGAGACGAAUUGUGAAUGGGAGCUGUGUGCUACUGGCAAGGGGAUGUCGGUGAUCAUGGUGGGUCAGGAUGAGGACACGGCGUCAGUCGUCGACGGUAUCAAGGAAGCUGUCAGAUGUGGAAAGUUACCCGCCAAUCAGCUUCCCAAGAGAAUACUCUGCCUGGAUGCAGAGAAAGCUCUUGAUUCAUUACUUCCAAGCUCGAAGGAUGUUGGCAAACCCAAUGGUCUUUUGGCUGUGGUCAAAGGGCUGGAGUCCCUGGACAAAGUCGAGAGUUGCCUGGAGCAUCUGCUGUUACCGUCGGACGAUGCCACAUCUCUGAGCAGCGGAUGCAGUGACGGCGAGUACCGCGGAUUACCACUGGUCAUCGUGCAGAUCCGCGAGGCAGACAUGUCCAACGAGGACAGGAAGACGAUGAAGAAGCGAGUCACAACCUUGGCUGGCAGGCUUCACUGCCCAGUGGUGAAGGUAGUCUGUCCAGCUUCAGACACAGCGUUCAUAAGCUACGCCGCUAGUGCCAUUGUUCUGCUGCGCUCCGUAGUCGAUCGCCACUACACAGCUCUGGUUGAUGAUGAAAAUGUCCAGCAAGACAUUCGGAUUGCUCUAUGUACACUGGCUGAUGAUAAGAUGCACGUCGCGCAGCUGCUCUCUCCAUUUCUCUCCGCACAGUUCUGCUGGAAGGCACCAGCCAGCUCAGCUCGAAAGGAUUCCUUUCGCUGUCUUCUGUGCCUUGAGAAUCGCGCCCGGGUGCUGGAGAUCAGUCUGUACUCGACAAUGAAUCCCAACAUCGUUCUGCAGACUGCACAUCAUGGCUACAUAGUGUGUCACUCGCCGGUGCGGCCGGCCUCUGCACACCUGGCAUUGCGUAUGCUGGCAAAUCUUCCCACUGUCGUGCCACGCGUUGUGCUGGUGGGAACGCACGGCUCCGAUCUGCCCGACAAAGCUGAGCUGGAGCUGCUGGACCACACGGAUCGCGUAGCAAUGAGCGUCGGCGCGCUCACCAUCCUCGGCACUCCGGAUUAUUCGAAAAAUGACGCCCCGUUUCGAUACUUCCUGCAGUGCGUGUGGGAGAAGCGAGAGGACGUUCCCGAGCCAGCAGCGCCUCUGCCCAAGGGCCGCAACUCGGCGUUCAUUCUUGUCGAAAUGCAGAAUGGUGACAACAAGAUUCACACGCCUGACUUGAAUGACAUCAGACAUCGCCGCUCCAGACCCGAAGCUUACAGUCUGGUGGGAGCACCGGACUUGAGAGCGAAGUCCCAGGAAAACCUGCUGGAAGCUGUACACAGUUCUUCAGGCGAUAGGUUGCCACUUCGGAGGUCGGUGACACCGGAGACGCUACGCAGGGGCGCAUCACCCUCACUGGCCGCGGCUCGUAAGAACACCUCGCAGAUCUUCACCAUGUCUGGCCGUUCGCACAUCUAUGAUAAUGUCCAGCUUGCGACCGGUGCAUCUCGCGACCAGGGUGCCACGGGUGGCAUGGUGAAGUCCACGAGCGAAGACAGCCGCUUGCGCAUUCCAACGCGUACAUUUGCCAGCGCUCUGCCAUCGUCCUGCACAACCGCCUCCAACACGACACCAGAGGACAACAGCCGGCAGCCGAUUGCUCGUCGAAUUCUGCGCUCAGUAUCGCCGCGUCGUCUCUCCGUACCCAUUGCCUCGCUAAGUAGUCCCAAACAGGCCAGCGAAUCGCAGCAAGAUCAGUCGGACUCGCUGCCGUCACCGACCGAGUCAUCAAAGUACUUUCGGCAUCCGCCUCGGCGCUGGACGGGUGAUAGCAAGAGACCUCCUGUGGUGAUGCCCAAGCCAAAACGCCGUAUUGAGUCAUUGGACAACUCAUCUAUUGAUGUUCCCCAUGUUCCAGCUCCAGUCCAAUCUUCUACCAAAGCCAGCAACGCUCAUGGACUGGCGUUCGCUAAUAAUCACUUCAAGAGAGACGAGUUACCACCUGCUCCGCCGUUGACACGCUCGACGUCGGGUGGUCCGGCUACUAGUAGUAAAUGGUACUCGCCUGCUCCGCUGCUUGAUGAAAGAAAAACGGCCGAGAGUGCGGGGCAACCAACUACGCCCUCCAAAUCCUCAGGCCAAACGUAUGAUGAAGUCAAGACUCUACUGCCAUCGGAAGCAACUCCGUCAUCAUCAUCGUCAACAUCUUCAGGCAGCGAAGUGUCGCAGAUUAGUGCAAAGUCCCCGGCGAGUCUCAUCAGCACUGGCCACCCUACAAAUGCGCAGAGUGCUGGCCUGAAUUCUUCAAAAUCUCCCGAGUAUUCAGAAGCAGCAGCUCCUGGGAUCGCUUCCAACGUCACUCGAUCUUCCAAUCGGGAAUCUGUGCCACCGCCAACAUUUCGUAAGCCCAAAUUACUCUCUUCCCCCACAGUGUAUGAGAUUGUUGAUAGUGAUGAAGAGGUGAGUGAAAAGCCACUUCCACCUCCACCGCCUCUACCCAAGCCCGCACUGAACGCCGCCUCGCUAAACGCCUCACUGAACCCACCGCAGACACCGCCGCGCGUACAAUCACGCGGUGCAACGCCGUUACCGAGCGGCGGUGGCGGGGGUCCGGCAUCAUCACCGCCACCGCCGCCGCCACCGAAGACAGCGUUACAACAGGCCUGCAUGUCAGCGCUGAGCAGUGCUGCUAUCCUGUCGACAAGCGACGAUGCCCUGGCUGUGACCAACCCACUGAGUACGGAACUGAUCAGUACUGACGAGCUACUCAGUCAGCUGAGACCGGACAGUGACACUAGCACAUCGAGCAGCGAUGAGGCACCACCGCUGCCACCUCGCCGCUACCUCGUGUCAGACUCUGGAGACGAAUCGGACGACUUUGACAAGAUCGGCAGCUUGGAGCGUGGCUUCCAUGGUGCUGGCAACGGGAAUGAAUGGAACAGCAUAUUGCGACUCAGCCGCUCUCGCAUGUCCAUGCACUCGGAGCUUCUAUCGAAGCACGCGAGCAAGGAGCAACGGAAGCAACGGGAGAAGCAGCGGAAGCGGGAAGAAAAGGAGAUGCGCGAGCAGGAACGGCGCGAGAAGCAUGAACUGCGGCAGCAGAAGAAGAAGCAGGAGAAAGUGGAGCGUGCAAAGAAGAAGGCUGCGCACAAGCAGGCAAAGGCUAAAGCAGGAAAUGAAUUUCUAAAGCAGUAUAUGGUUGAUGGCGUCGGACCGGGAUCAUCCUAUUUUGGAAUCUAUCUACAUGAUUUACCCGUUCGCCAAGACGGCUCGAAGAUCCCGCUCUUUGUCGAGCUGUGCGUGGACCAUAUUGAGCAGCAUGGCAUCGAGUCGGGCGGUAUCUACAGGGUGUCUGGCAAGAAACCAUCGGUGGACAAGUUGCAGGAGGACUUCGCAAAAGAUCCGCUGAACACUACGAUUGAUAUCGAGGAGAUGAACGUGAACGUUGUGGCCAGUGCCAUGAAGUCAUUCUUCCGUCGCCUCCCGGAGCCUCUCAUUCCAACUCCAAUCCUGGCCCCGUUAGCCAAGUCGUUGUCCACAGCAAAUGAGCUAGAAGAUCAGCUUCAGGAUAUGAAGGUUUUGAUAAAUGCUGGUGUGCCUUCUACGCACUUCACUCUCCUCAAGUACCUCUGCCGCCAUCUGAACAGGGUGGCAGAGAAGCAUGAAAUAAAUCUGAUGCUGGCUAGCAAUCUGAGCAUAGUCUUCUGGCCAACCCUGAUGAGACCGGAGAGCCUAAACAUCAAUGAUUUCACCGUGGCACAGGAGAUGCCACUGACACUUCAGAGAGUAAUGACGCUGCUAAUUGAUAAGUAUCACAUGAUAUUCGAUGACAAUGCCGCUCGGGCGUUCCCCUCAUCGCCUGCUAAAGCACUUGAAGCAGCGGCUUCACCUGUUCCAAAUCCAGCGCAGGCUGCCGACAAAGCCAACGCUGUGGCAUUGCACGAUGAGACCAGUGAAGGAGAGUCCUCCAUCGCUCCGUACACAUCCGUCAGCAUACAUCUGACUCCCAUUGCAAGCAAGACAUAGCUCUGGGCCAGACCAGGGUACGCAGUCAGUAUUCUGAGUGAUUGUAGACAUAUCUGUAACGUUACCAACAUCCAAGUGAACAUUCCAGGGUUAUUGACGUGUUCAGGGAGUCUCAUUUGGGCAUUUGGGCGCUGACCUCGUCUGGACUGCAACUCCCGUGAGGUCGAAAGCAUGUUGCUCGAUACUUAGUGUCACGUGUUUGUAUGAUCAUGUCAGCUCCUAAAAGAGGUGUCAAUGUUUCCUUUCGUGCUUGGGUAGUCAUUGUCCCUACACGUAGAUCAAUUCCGUUACUGCUUAGGACAUCUGACAAUGGCUGCGCUACGGCUACGGACAACCAACUGUACACGACAAAAAAAAACCCGAAUAACAUGGACUAUAAACCGCAGGCCUUUUUCCUCCCCUCGCUCUCUCUCUCUCUCUCUCUCUCUCUCUCUCUUUCAUACCAAGACAUAUUUACGUUAAUCUCUCAUAAUCUAAUCAACAUCUAUCUUGCUCCCCCCCCCCCCCCGUUGUGUUGAGUGUGCUUCAAGUACUUAAGUUGAGACCUUAUCUGUGUUGUCACAGUGAUAUAACUAUGUUAUCUUAUCAGUGUUUUGUUGAUAUAACUAUGUUAUGUGAUGUAAGUUAUUUAACGCGCCUUUCUGCAUCUGCAUUCAGACCAGUGCUGGAAAGGCGGGCACUUGAUGGAGUUUUAUUCUUUUCGGUUACGUUAAUCCGUGCGUGGAUAUGCUUGUAUGCACAUCCAUCCGCGGCUUGUGUUCGUGUGUGCAAGUGGUGAGUCUUUGUCUGGUGUGUUUCCUGACUUAAUGAUCAGCUCUCUUCGUAUCAUGUCCACUGUCGUUGCCAUUGGAGAUAAUCAUACACUGUACUGUCCGUGCAGACAAUGA